UCCUGUCGUAUUUCCUACAACACGAAACGACAUAUGGACUUUUAAAAAACAUCACAAUUUCUAUAUUCUAUAUUCCUGUGGAAUAAUCAAUGGAUUUUAUGUUGGCACUGACUCUACCGACAACUCAGGAGAUUCCUAAUCAAUUGAAAGCCUUUUCACGCUGUUCUCAUAUCCAUCAGUGUUAUCCUUCUCAGGUAUAUCGGGAAAUGAGUUUUACUCUGUCCGUACUGCUGCUUCAGUUACUGUCUGUGAGCCACUCAGUAUCUGCUUCGGUUUUGGAUGCUUCAACUGGAAACUCUACAGUGUAUAGGAACAGAUUGAAAGGGUCUACAGUCAGCUCCCUCUCCCUCUCAUUCUCAGCAGCUCACUACUGCUUUAAACCUGAUGCUGUUUCAACAUUCAUCCUUUUAGAUGUCAUCCAAAAAUACACUUUGAGGAGUGGUUCUAUUGAACUCAUUGGACAGGUCCCAAAUGUGCUUGUUGAGUCAGUCAUGUGGACACGCAACAAAGACAAAGUUGCAGAUUGGGAUAAGGGAGACAUGACGCCAACAUAUUAUCCUACAUUAGAUAAGACUGAACUCAACAUGGACACAUGGGCUCUGACCCUCUCUGACCUGCAGCCUACAUGUAAUGGUCAAUAUGCACUUCAGAUCAAUGGUAUAGAAACAGCCUCGUCUUUUCAACUGAUUGUACUAGAAUCUGUUUCUGGGCCAAACAUCAGGCCAAACUGUGACCUGAGGAGCUGCAACUUGACCUGUCAAGGAGCAGGUAUUGAUCACACUGAGUACAGCUGGACUGAUAACCGAGGGAGAAACGAGAGAGGAUCUGUGCUUAAGGUGGAGAAGACUAAGGGACUCGACAGGGUCUACACCUGCAACUUCAGCAAUCCAGUGAGCUGGAAAACAAGCAGCGUCAGAGAGAGAGAGCUGUUCCCUCCAGAAAAUACAGAUGCUAACCUGCAUAUUAUCCUGGGAUCUAUCGUGGGAUCUAUCUUGGGCGGGGCUGUCCUGAUAAUCAUAGCUGCAGCAACUGGAAUUGCAGUGUACAAAAAGAGAAAUGAAGCAAAUGGAGAGGAAGAAACUAGGAGGGCCCAGCUGUCACAACAGCCAUUACAACAACAGCCACUACAACAAGCAAUUCAAAUGUCACCAAUUAAAAAUCACACUCAGCAGGAUGGAGAAGGAGAUGGAGAAGACAAACAACAUGAAACCCAGAAGCUCCUGUCAGCACCUGACGAGCUGCACGUAAAGAUAUGCUCAGGAUGGACCAGAGCCAGCAUCAGCAGAUAAAGAGGACUGUAUAUGAAAAUGUAGUGCUACCACCACAGGGAAAUGAUGGAGGUGAACAUCAUAAUAUUCUUUAUUUUUUUUUCAAAAUUUAUUAAGGGAGUACAGUAUAUUGUUUCAAUAUUAUUCACCCUUGCAUGUCUCGUUACUUUGGCCCUCAAUUUCAAUUGUUUCCCAGCUGGAAUAUCUUGGGGUGAGCUUCUAAAAACACAAGCCGCUCAAAGUUAAAAAUAGUUACAUUUUCUAUGUUUUAUAUAUUUUAUAUAAUAAUAGGUCGUAGCUGCUUGCCUUAGCUAUGUCAGGGAGCUAGCUGUAUAACUAAAUAUAAUGUAUUAUAAAACAUCAGUUUCCACGUUGUAUGUUUUUAACACAGUACUUUGGAAUACUCACAUUUUUGUGUCAGUGAGAAUACCACCUUAAGUGUUGACUGUUAUCCUAAAGAGAAUACAUUGACUGAAAUAUGCAGUAAGCCCACAUAGUACAUCCACAGUACAGACAAAAAAGUUAAAUCUGUGUAAUGAUAAAAUUGUCACUAAUAUAGCAAAGGUGCAAAACAACAGUCAGAGACUUAGAUGAAGCAAACAGUGAAAUGCAUUUUAGACCUCUAUUAUUAGUAAAGAAUAUAUCGGACAUACAUGCAUUCAAAAAAGCUCCUUCGUAAGCACUACUUGCCCCACUUACUAGCACAGCAUUACCAAUAGUAUUUCAUUGGAAUAAUUACAGUAUUAUAUGCAAUCUGAUCCAUUUUCAAUGGUGAACAAUAUCUCAUGACAAGCCUUCUUCAUCUACCUUUUCAGAUGCUGUACUGUAUGUGAGGUGAAUGCAAUGCUAUAAAAGAGCCAGAUCCAUUGAGGUUCAUUACCCAAUAUAUACCCAAUAAAAGACCCACGUUUUCAAAGUACUGUAUUUCAAACAGUGGUGUGACAUACAAGCACCAACAAAGGGAUGUUGUCCUGUGAUUUGUCCUGCUUUGUUGAACAAUACCAAAGGUGCUAUUUCUGUUCAGAACUGGAUUUAUUGUCACGCUAGCUGUGGAUGCAUGAAAGAUGGACCUUCUCAUGAAAUUCACACACUAUACACUUUUCUAAAAUAGCUAGAUUUGUGCCCAGUAUGACCUCUUGUAAACUUUUAGUAGGGAGAGUGACUCUUAAAUGAUUUCAAGAUUAUGUGCAAUGAAACAACAAUGCAACAAUGCCCAAACUCUUUGUGAGGAAGGGUCAGUAUUACAUGCUGCAAAUGCAAACAAAAGUGUAAAACGCAACGUCAGUGUGAGGUCACGUCUGAGGAGUGAUGGGCUGAGGCUCUCCCCAGCGGAGCAGCCACGGAGUGACCAGAAACCAGGCAAGAGCGCAAGAGGGUCAGAGGGCGUCCAUUACCCAGGAGGUCUUCUUAUAGGACCACCCAUUACUCCCAGCAUCAAUGGGCACACUCCAUGAUCUGCAGAUUGAUAACAAGGCAGCACAGACCAAAGGGGCAGAGCCCCAACAGGCAUUAGAAAAAGUGUGAUACUAGGAAUGACUAGCAGGGCCUUAACAGUAUCAGUAUUGUAUGAAGGGUCAGUUACAUGCUGCAAAUGCUGAUGUCAUCACAUUAAUGAAGAAUGAUUUAGAAUAUAAAUUUGUGUGACACGUGGGGGCUUUAUUUCUUAAAGUGUGCUAGUUCAUAUACAUAUUUAAAAUGUAAGAUUUUUUAAAUGUGUACACUUGUAAGUU